UCCAAGGAGAGCCAGAGGGGAUCAGACUGUGUUCCGAGUCCCCAGAGGAGUCAAAACGUUUGCGUUCAGUAAGAGGAAUAAUCUCCUUGUGACCGGAGGAAUGGAUCGGACCAUCCGGCUGUGGAACCCCUACGUGCCCAGCCAAUGCACAGGCAUGCUCAGAAGCCACACAGCACCGAUCUUCUAUCUCCACAUAUGUGAAGAGGAUGCUAAAAUAAUAUCCGUGUCCACAGAUAACACAGUAAAGAUUUGGGAUGCUGAGGACCAGAGCUGCUUGUUUUCAGCUUGUUCAAAAGCCAGUGGAAUCAAGGGCGAGCUCUCAGCUUGCCUUUAUGCACCCGCCAUGCAAUCACUUUAUGUUGCUGCAGAUUCACUUGCUCUCCUUUACCUGGAACUGAGGCCUCUCCCAGAGCGCCGCUUGGUGGUCUCUCACCUGGAGCCCGUUCUGUGCUGCAAGUUCAACAGAGCGUUCAGGCAGGUGGUGAGCUGCUCCGAAGGAUCUGUAAUUAAAGUGUGGGAUUUUGAAACAGGAAGGCAGCUGUUUGAGUUCACCAGUGCUCAUGGGGAGGCAGCAAUCACCUGUUUGACUUUUGAUGACAGUGGAAGAAGAUUGGUUACAGGAGCCCGAGAUGGAUGUUUGAAGAUAUGGAAUUACAAUAAUGGGCACUGUCUGCAUAUUCUGAAGAGAGAAGACAAGUGUGAUGAGAUCUGUGACUGCACCUACGUGGAGGUGAAUAAGAGCAAGUAUAUUGUAGCUGUUGGAUGGGACAGAAGAAUAAACGUGUACUUUGACUCCACAGAGGAGCUUCACCGUGUUCAGAAACCUCAACCAUUCUGGCAGGAUGACAUAACCCAGGGUCAUAAAGAGGAUAUCUUGUGUGUUGCUCAUUGUCCACCGGCUCUGCUCGCCACGGCUAGUUACGAUGGUGAAAUUAUAGUUUGGAACAUGAGCUCUGGCUGCAUCUGCUGCAAACUGCACACUCCACGUCCUCCUGACUGCGCUAUGGGAGGAGCUGUAGACACAAGUGUUUCCCAAGUUGUAUUUCUAAGGACUCGCAUGGCUACACUUGAAUCUGGAGCAGCAACUCUCAUUUUCAAUGGCCCUCAAGGUUCUGUCAACUUCUGGCGUUUGCUCAGCGGAGCCCGGCCUCCAGCCAGCUUCACACCUUCUAGAGUGAAGUCUCCCAUCAGCAGCAUUGCUGUCACUGCUGAUGAUUUGCUUCUGUACGCGGCCGAUCGCGAUGGUUACGUGUAUGUCUACAGCAUCAAGGAUUACGCCCUGGGGAGCCCAGAGCAGGAGCCACCACCAUAUAUGCACCGGUGGCGAGCUCACAUAAAAACGGUUGUAUCCCUAGAGGUGAUAGAUGAAGACAGAGUCCUGCUGUCCUCAUCUACAGACUGCACCGUCCGCUUGUGGAGUCUGCAUGGCGAAUACAUCGGUGAGUGA